AUUUCUCGUGUGUGCAUCUCUACGUGUUGACCGUGUUAACCACAAUGAAAGGAUAUACCCUAGUCCUGUGUCUGGCUUUGGCCGCCCCAAUUGUUUUGGCAAAUAUCCGGGAACAGUGUGAAGAAGGAAAUUUGUCUCCAGGAUACUAUCCACACAGCACUUACUGCAACAAGUUCUACAGCUGUGUCUUUGAAACCAUCUACGAGCACACCUGUGUUACUCCCUUCCUGUGGAACAAUGAUAUUCAGAAUUGUGACUACCCAGAAAAUGUUGAUUGUGGAGAUCUGGUUAUUCCACAGAAACGCAAGGAUGGGGUUGAUGAGGAAGAGCUCCCACAGACCGCUCAAGGAACCCCAUGUACUCAGGGCUGUCCCUGUGCACAGGGAUGCGUAGGUGCUGAUGAGAAUACCCCAGUCGGAAGCUGUGGAUGUGGUUGUGCUGGAUCUGCUCCCUCUGGAGGAUGUUCCGCAGGAUGCCCAGGAGGCUGUGGUUGUGGCUGUGCUGGAGCCCAAGGCGGUUGCUCUCAGCAGAAUCCACAGCAACCAUGCCCUCAAGUUCCUGGACAGACACCAAGUACCUGUCCUUGUGGAUGUAACUCCUGUAAUAAUGACAAUGACUUUACCCGACCUACUGUGCCUGGACAAGCACCCAGUACCUGUUCUUGUGGAUGUAACUCCUGUAAUAGUGACAAUGACAUUCCUCGCCCUCCUGUACCCACUGACCUCAUCCACCGAAUGGCUCAAGCUCUUCUGCCACCACGUCCUUGCGGAUGCCAAAACUGCCAGGGAUGUCAAUCCGGCAAUGUCCAACGUCCUGAACUCAGACCUUUCUAAGUUACUCGCUGGAGCACAGUUUCAUCAAUUUAGAACAUUAUAAUCCUAAUGUUACCACUCUGGACAAUUUUUAGUGAUUUUUUAUUCUGAAAACUCAAUGUUUUUUUCGAUAAUUUCUGUGCAAAUAAAUUUCUUUUCAAUCAACUGAAA